GAAACGCUUAAUUUCUCAUCUCACACGACACUGAAGAGGGCCGAAAAAGAAAGAAGAAGAGAAAGAGAGGGAGAGAGAGGGAGAGACCUAAAAUCGACAUCAUGCCCUACCGCGUCGACGUCUCCCCAAGUAACAGGGCUGUCUGCCAAGACAGUGUCUGCAAGCACUUGAAAAAGACAAUCCCCAAGGGAGAACUGCGCUUCGGUUCCUGGUUAGAAUUCGGAGACCGCGGUAGUUUCAAGUGGAAACAUUGGGGAUGCGUCUCCGGCAAGCAGAUGCAGGCCCUGCAAGAAGCCGCCAAGCGCGGUGACGGUUUCGAUUUCGAUGCUGUUGAUGGAUACGACGAAAUGGGUGACCAUCCCGAGUUUCAAGCCAAGGUUCGCGAGGCUGUUGAGUUGGGUCAUAUUCCUCCCGAAGAUUUUAAUGGUGACCCCGAGUUCAACGUCCCCGGCAAAUCAGGCAUUCGUAGCGCUCAGAAAGUCAAGCAACUGAAAGCCGGAGAGACCUCCGAGGUCGACGAUGAUGCCAACGACUUAGAUGGGACGGUCAGGUUCGUCCGCCGUGCCCAAGGAUCGCGACAAUUAACGUUCUAUCUGCUCUGAAAGUACAGACAGAAAAUCACGGAUAUAUAUUCCUUUCGUCCUGCAUCAUCAAAACUUUAACGCACUCCCAACACGUGAAGCCCCAUGUGGUUCAUAACUUCGUUACGGCACGGCCUUACAAAUGAAAACAGGAAUCCAGACAGCUGGCUAUCUUUGCUUGGAAUAUGGCUUCGUCGCUUCAUAUGAACCCCACGAUCAGCCGCCCCCUCUUCAAUAGGCUCUCCUCAAGACGCCCCGCGUAUUGUCCACGAUAAUCU